AAACAUAUUCAGCACAUCGCCGGCUCGCCUCUCCGCCGCCGCCGCCGCCGCCGUCGCCGCCGCCUGCCUCUCCUCGCCGCCGUCCGAUGCGGGCCCUCCUGCGCGCCGCGUCGGUGCUCCGCCGCGCGGCGGCUCCGGCCCUCGGCGGCGGCCGCGCCGCGCCGCUUCCCCCCAAGAACUUGCCUGCUGUCUGUUUGAAUGGGUAUUCUACUCUUUUGGCUCCAGCAAAUGAAGUGCUGAUUCCACAAGAACUUCUAUCCAGCAAGACUGUUUGGACUCCAGAUCGUGAGCUUGGGCAGUAUGAAGACCUAGUAGCCCGAGUAACAAACUUCCACAAUGAGGAUAAGGGCUUCAUGGUUUUAGAUGGUGAUGUUUUUGAUGUUCCAAUCAGGAAGGAUAUUGUUCAUAGAGUAGUAAGGUGGCAACUCGCUAAAAGACAGCAGGGAACACACUCAACUAAAACUAUCAGUGAAGUGAGCGGCACAGGAAGAAAACCUUACAAUCAAAAAGGAACUGGCAGAGCACGACAUGGUACACUGCGCGGCCCUCAGUUUCGCGGUGGUGCAACCAUGCAUGGGCCUAAACCACGAAGUCAUGCGAUUAAGUUGCAGAAGAAAGUACGGCGUCUGGGACUUAAGAUAGCAUUAUCUGCUCGAACCGCUGAGGGAAAGCUCUUGGUCUUUGAUGACCUCGAAGUUCCUAGCCACAAGACAAAAAACAUUGUGCAGUACAUUGGCCAGAUGGAAGGCACAAAGAAGGUUUUGUUGGUAGAUGGAGGUGACAUUGAUAAGAAGUUAAAGCUGGCUACCCAGAAUCUUCACUAUGUGAAUGUUCUUCCAUCCAUUGGCCUAAAUGUAUACAGCAUCCUUCAACAUGACACUCUUGUAAUGACGCGGAAUGCUAUCAAUAGAAUUGUUGAGCGUAUGCACACCCCCAUCAGCCGCUAGCAUGUUGAGAUUCGACGUGAACACCACUGUUUUGUAGCAGAUGUACUUCGACCCCCUAAAGCUUCAUGCAUGCCAGUUUUCACUUUGCUGGUGUAAGGCAUUAGCAACAACACAAUUUUCCUUUUCCUUUUUGAAAAUGAUCUAUUUGCUUCUGCUAGUGAUUUCAGUGAACCAUGUUGCGUCAGAUCCAAUACAUCAAAGUAGGAAGUGAAUUGGUCAUCAUGGUGUGCGCUCAUGACUCCAGAUUUCUAAUAAAGACAGUUCUGAUAAACUUGACAUGUUAUUCCUAAGAUUUGCUAUUCAUUACGAAUUUGUCUGUCAAUCAUCAUUUUGCCCUAGUUCUUUUUUUUUUGUUCUGCAAGUAUGCAGUUUCGCGUUUGAUUGUGGAACACACUUUGGAGACAUGAACAAAAUGUAGAAUCAACAUAUGCAAGCAAGCAACUUUCUGUACUUCAAAUCA